GGGUCCGUCAAAGCGAACGCUCAACAAACAGGAUUUCGGCAUUAACUUGUUGGAACUUAUCGGCGCAAGUUAGAACAAGAUCGUUCUUCCUCCGGUGCACUGUCUUUUAACUGUGCACCUGUUCUUCGCUUCUGAAUAUUGCAAUCUAACUGGACAUUACAAGUAGACUGAACUAAUAUUUGUCUGGAGCGAGUCUUCGAACUUUUGGAGUUCUCUUCCUUUUAAACUUGUACAUUUUAAGCGAGAAAAAUGAGCUCCGUCGCGUAUGACAAUGGGGGCCAUCGGCAUGAGCAGGUGACCUUUCUGACCAACAAGGAUAAGAUGUCGCCAAAACGGAAGACGGGAGUGGUGGUGGGCGUGGUCCUGGCCCUCCUGGUCCUGGCGGCCAUUGCAGGCGUACUCAUCUGGCUGUUUUUGUUCAAUUCCGAUUCGGGGAGCGACGAUCCGGCGAGCACGAUGAGUCUCAAGAGGACCCCGAAAACGCUGGUGUACAGUGGCCAUAUGGAGCUGGCCAACGUGCCAUUCACCGCUGCCCUGGAGGACCCCACCAGCCGCAAGUUCAUGGACCUGGCUGAUGACAUUGAGGAGAUUUUGGAGGCGACGUAUAAAAAAGAUCCCUUCUUUAAGACGUACUACGACAAGUCGGUGGUAUCUGCCUUCAGCGAGGGGGUGAUGGCCUACCACUGGACUCGGUUCGAGAUUCCGGCGGACGAUCUGGAGGAACUUCCGCAGUUCACGGAGGAGCGGGUGAUCCAGGUCCUGCGCUCCGGGAUCCGACAGGAGGGAAAGCGCAGCGCCCAGGUCCUGAUCAUCAAGGACAUCACUGCCUCCGCCACGGACCCCAGAAUGGCACGAAACCCGAGAGCAAAGGAGUGCUUUUUCAAACUGGAGGCCAACGAUAAGAUCCAGACCAUACAGUCUCCGGGCUUCCCCAAGCAGUACCCCCCAAAGACGCGCUGCCAGUGGCAGAUCAGGGCCCCUGAGAACACCGCCAUCCACAUGAAGUUCCCCUUCUUCCACGUGGAGGACGACUGCUCCAAUGACUUUGUCUACAUCCACGACUCGCUCAGCCCCGACGAGUCGCAGGCCGUAACCAAGCAGUGUGGCCAGAGGCCUCCCUCAAACCCACUGGAGGUGGUAUCCUCCAGCAACAUCAUGCUGGUCAACCUCAUCUCAGACAGCGAUGUCCAGAGACCCGGCUUCAAGGGAGAGUACACUGUCAUCCCCAUAAGUACAGCCAAGAGCUGUGGAGGAGUCCUCCCCGCGAAGGCUGGGAACUUCAGCUCUCCACAUUUCCCCAGCUUCUACCCUCCAUCCCUGGACUGCAAGUGGACCAUCGAGGUCCCCGCGGGCCAGAAGGUGCGGGUGAAGUUCACCAUGUUCCGGAUGAAGGAGCCGGGAGUGGAUAUCCGCAUCUGCAACAAGGACUACGUGGAGAUAAUGGGCGACAAGUACUGUGGGGAGCGGUCUACGCUGGCAGUCACCAGCAAAACCAACAAAAUGGAGAUUUUGUUCCACUCGGACGAGUCUUACACCGACAAGGGCUUCAUGGCCCUGUACAAUGCCUACGACCCCCAGAAUCCUUGUCCUCAGCAGUUUGCCUGUGCCUCGGGUAUCUGCAUCUCUAAAGAUCUGCAGUGCGACGGGUGGAAUGACUGUGGGGACAUGAGUGAUGAGCGCCAGUGCAGCUGUGAGAAGGAUCAGUUUGCGUGCUCUAACGGGAUGUGUAAGCCCAAGUACUGGGUGUGCGACCGCGUGAACGACUGUGGAGACAACAGCGAUGAAGAACAGUGCAGCUGUGAGGAGAACGAGUGGAAGUGCGAGGAAGGGACGUGCAUCUCUCAGGACCUGGUGUGCGACGGCAGGAAGGACUGUGAUGAUGGCAGCGACGAAUCGUCCUGCAGCAAGCCCUCUGGAGCGUGCACGGACUUCACCUUCAAGUGCCAGAACGGCGUGUGUGUGAACAAGGCCAACGCCGAGUGCGACCGCAUGAAGGACUGCUCGGACGGCUCGGACGAGCAAAGCUGCAACUGUGGCGUCAGGCCCUACAAGCACAACCGCAUCGUGGGCGGGGAGGACGCCGACAUCGGCGAGUGGCCCUGGCAGGUCAGCCUGCACUUCCGCACCAGCGGCCAUGUCUGUGGGGCCUCCAUCAUCUCCGACACCUGGCUGCUGUCGGCCGCGCACUGCUUCAAGUACGCCCCAGAGUACCACGACGCGCAGAACUGGCAGACCUACAGCGGCAUGCACGACCAGUACGACCACGACGACGUGCAGAUGCGCAAAGUCAAGAACAUCAUCUCGCACCCGGACUACAACCAGAUGACCUACGACUACGACAUCGCCAUGAUGGAGCUGAGCGAGCCCCUGGAGUUCACCAACACCAUCCACCCCAUCUGCCUGCCCGACCGCACACACUUCUUCCCCCCGGGGAUGCCCUGCUGGGUGACGGGGUGGGGCACCUUACGUGAAGGAGGCCGGACAGCGCGUGUGCUGCAGAAGGCGGAGGUGAAGGUGAUAAAUGACACCGUGUGUAAUGUGGUUACAGAGGGUCAGGUGACCUCCCGCAUGUUGUGCAGUGGCUUCCUGUCCGGAGGGGUGGACGCGUGCCAGGGAGACUCAGGGGGCCCCCUGGUGUGUCGUGAGGAGUCCGGGAAGUGGUUCCAGGCUGGCAUCGUGAGCUGGGGGGAGGGCUGCGCCCGUCGGAACAAGCCGGGGGUGUACAGCCGCGUCACCAAACUGAGGGACUGGAUCCGAGAAACCACCAACGUGUAGAGAGCCACUGCGGGGGGGGGGGAGGGGGGUCCCAGCAUACUGCCAAAGACCAAAGAGUAGGGCCAGAUCCAGCAAUGGAAAUACAAACACCAGCGCCCCAAAUCAAUAUUACCCGGGACUUUAGGGACUCAGGACGUGAAUUUUUUUAAGAAAAUGGUGCAGUAUGCUGAAAACAAGGCCUCUGCACAAUUAAGACAUAUUUGCAUUGCUGGAUCUCCAGGUAUUCCGACGAAGAGCAUUCAGGCUAGGAUUAUUUAAAUGUGGGAAAAAUACAGAAGGCAGUUUAUCGCCUGCAUGUUUUGGAGGUAUAAGCAUAUCUAAAAGUAAUACCAGCUACUGUAUUUGGUCAGAUAUUAUGCAACAAUGCUGGUGUGUUUCCAGCAUUGCGUCGCCGUUUUUGCACAUAUCAAGUCGCAUCAGCAUGGGGGCGGGCAUGAAAGUGGACAAGUCUUAACGUCGACAUUUGAGUCGAUCGUCAAGCACUGGAAAAUGGAUUUUGUUUGGGAGGGGGGAUUUUUAAUAUAUUCAGUUGAUGGCCAAAUUGUAAAUAUUUUUGUUUAGUUUCUCUACCCAUUAUUUUAAUGCCUCUCGUGGCCUCUGAAGUAUUGAACGAUGUAUCACAAUCUUGAAUAAUUUAUGAGUGACCAAAAUACUUUUGGAGAAGUGAGUUCGAAUCCAAACUUUUUAAACUUGAGGGACUCUUAACAUUACCCAGCUGACCAGGAAUUUAUGCUGAGGUUUUGUUUUGUUUUUUCUCCUUAUUUUUAUAUUUUCCGCUUGAACCUAUGUCAGUGCUCAUAUUGUAUACACUUCAGUAGCAAUAUAUUGUGCAUUUUUCUCUGUUUAAGUCCAAAAACCCCAGUAGACAUUUUCCCUAACAUUUUCCAAUGUUUAACGGAUAUGCGAAUCCUUUGCGAAUAUGGAUACCCAACCUGGAAGCCGUAUUGAGACUGGGGCGUGACGUCAGUCUCGUCUGGGUACGGUUGUUGCACCGCGGGGCUUUGUGGGGGUACGAAGCCCAAGGCUGCUGUGGAUCUUUCAGUCCAAUGAGAGUCUCCACAGCACUCGACAAGACAGCGAGUUGAGGGCAUCUUCACUGAAGCUAUUGGCUGGAGACGCUCCGUUGAAAGUUAUUCCCAUCUACCGCCGUCUUUGUUACAAGAAAACAAUGUCGAAUUCUUCUGAAAUCCUCUCUCGAAACCCUUCAGACUUUUCUCUGAGGUCUUCUGUUCGGCCUGCGUUUCUUCUCACAGAGUAAACCCGACUAGUGUUUUCGGCGAAUAACCCUCAAUUUUUUAUCAGAAACAAAAGAUCCCUGUUACAUGUCAAAGAUGAGUUCACCGCGCUGAGCCACGCAUACACUCCGUACGGCUGAGGGACGUUCCGCGAUCUCCGGGCGUUUUAGCAAAUGAGUUGGGGACGGCGACUGGGUCUGGGUCUUGUAAAUAUUGAUCUUGAUGUACAAAUCUUUUCAUGAAUUGUGGACUGGUAUAAAGUGUUCAUUGGAUCAUGACAAUAGUUAAAAUAUUUUCUUUUGUAUGUUUGUAUGUGAAAAUAUUUUUAUAACAAAGAUCUAUGUUAUAUACACAAUAAACUAGCUUAAUUCGAA